AUGACAGACGUGCUUGAGUUUUUUGUUCCUUCCCACGCCUGCGAUUUGGAGGAUCUAGAGAAAACUGGACCGAAUCAGUAUCAUGUUGGUGAGCCAUGCGAAUUUGAUGUCCAUCCGAGACAGCAGGUGGAUGAUUUGACAAGACUCUUUGAUUGCCUUCAUAGAGAAAAAUCUCCCACAUCACUUUUUUCAAAACCGGAACUAUUCACAACACUAUUUUCAUACAUAAAAGCCAUCGAGAGUCCUGGGACCAACCAACCCGUUAUAAAAGAGGCCCGACACAAGAUUUGCCAUGAAGUCUCUGAACGCCUGAAAAAGCUUUUGCAAAUUUGCCUCACAUAUUUUCGCAAAAAAAAUGAUAGUAAUGUUAACGACGCCCUAUUGGUUUGUUUGCGCUCGACUGUGAAAAUGUACGUUUUUAUUCUGUGUAAUAUACUUUUAUCUUCAGCGCCAAUACUUGAGGAUGAUGAAAAUUUAUCUUACUCCUCACAGCGGAGUAUACGCAAACGGAAGCGUGCAAAAAGUGAACAGGACACUGGUAUUGGUGAAGAUUGCAGUGGUGUGGAUCAAGAUGGUCGUGAGCUCGCUCUUACUGCCUUGAUAGAUGUCUGCUCACCGGAUUUGUCAACUUUAUGGGGAAGCCAUAUUGAAGAAAACAUGCUGAACCUGAUGCUUCGUAUGGUGCUUCAUAUGAUAACUCAAAAAGCGAAUGUUCAAAAUGAUGCUCAUCCUGUUUCAGGUGCGCUUGCAGUUCUUUUACUCAGAGUCUGUGGUCACAUAAUGUCUCACGGAUCUGUUGAGCCAUGUGAUUUUAUUUUGCCAAUGAUUGAAUUGGCCUUAAAAACAGAAUCUGCAUCACAGUUUCUCACGCGCUUUGUUUCGGAAGCAGAAAGCGGGGAUAUUUCAAAUGACUCUACAAAUAAUAUUGUUAUCGCACUCAUCGAAGGGAUGGCUGUUGCUGCACUUCAUGACGUUUCCGGAGAUGCUGGAGCGGCGAAAAAUAUGGCACUGUUCUUUAGCGAGGUUGCAAAACGAUGUGUAAGUGUUACAGCUCGGAUGGCCGAUGUGAUUGUUCAAACCAUUCAUAGUGAGAGUUAUGAGAUUCGAAAAUCGGUGGUGACCUGUAUAACAGAGAUGAUUAUUCAAAAGUAUACUGGGCCAAUGCCUAGUACAGAGAAUGCGGAAGAAACAAAGGACAAAUACCUAAGCGAAAUAUUAUUUCGUAUAAUGGAUUGUAAUCCAUUUGUUCGUAACCACACUAUUCAUAUGUGGGAACGACUGGUAGAGGCUCGAGCAGUUCCAAAACGUUUUCACCUUGCAGUGACAAAUGCCAUUCUUGGGCGAUUAGAAGAUCGAAAUUAUCUUGUCAGAGAUUCUGCACUUCAUGUCAUUGCUUCCAUUUUGCGAAAAAACUGGUUUGGACAUGUUUUAAGUUCCUCCUUAGUUCGUGAUAAGCUGGAGGAAUCCAGAAUAGCCGCAGCAAAUAUGUUUGAUUCGGAUGAGGUGUAUAAAAGAGGAUUGGAGGAAUUGAAAAGUACGUGCCGCCCAGUUGAGGCUCAAGCAAGCGAUUUUGUUUGUGACUCGGAAGAAACCAUAACAGAUGUUGUUCAGUUAUCUGAAGAGCAGAAUUCCAUGUUAAAUCGAGUGAUUUUUUACGAAAAGGCCCUUGAAUUUGCGGAGUUAAUCAAAAAGGCUUUGGGGCACGCCACAACAUUACUAGAUAGUCAAACAGAACGUGAUGCUAUAGAAGCCAUUAAACUUAUUGUUGCAUGCAAUGAGUAUCGCAUUGAGGGUUCAGAGAAGGCAUUUCUUCGAGUGUUAGUGAUGAUAUUUGAAGGUGAAAUUAAAAUACAAUGCUCUGUACGUGAUGCCUUUGUGGAGGUUGUGUUUAGUGCAUAUGCGAGAACAUCAACCUCAUCGUUGGUGCGAAAUACGGCAAGUGCCCACAAGUUGAUUGGUUUUUUGCGUGGGGCAACAGAAGGCGAUGUCAGUGCCGUUGAUCGGGUUUUUGCGUUAAUGAAGUGUAAUCCUUCUUUCUCUCGGUUAAUAUCAGGACAAUUUAUGGACGCCGUUUGGGGCAUUGCAGAUGGGUCGCUGGAUCAUGAUGUUUCAAUUACGGAUAGACGCACUGCUAUGAGGCUUUUUGGCCUUUUAUGUAAACAUGAUUGGCGAGAGCUUUCUGCAAGAAAGGAGAGUAUUGUGGACUUUUUACGUUCAGACGCCAUAAAAGACAACGUUCUUCUCGCGUAUUGUUUAACGAGCCUGGCAAGUGAGUGUCAAAAUCCCCAUUAUCAACCGAUACCGGUGAAGAUUGAACCAAGUGAACAUGUUAUAUUAAAUCAACUAGUGAUUCAUCUUUGUCGACGCACCUCGACACUAUCCUCUUGGUUGAUUCUUGCGGAUGCAGCAGUGAACGCGGUUCACAGCCUAUGCGAAUCACCUGUUUUAAUAUAUAAUUACGUCUUGGAUUACAUCGGUUGCCGAAUUGACAGCGAUUCAAACAGUCUGACGCAACUAUUUUUUUUAUUGGGGCGAACGGCCCUGAAACAACUCGUCGCUGUGGAUUGUGCAGAGCGACAACAACUAAAGAGAGUCGACACAGAAGCCAUCUCCCAGAAACCAUUAAGCGACAUAACUAGUAAUAGUAAUGCAGACGUUAUGCAUAAAGAACUUGGAUUAGGAUCUCAUGAAUACAAGAGACACGCUAUUCAGGAGUUGGCACAGCGGCGCAAGAAUGCCAUUAUGUCAGAGGGAUCAGUAUGGCAUCGAUAUUCCAAGUAUGUUGUUACAGCUUGUCAGGAAAAACCUGAGCGUUUUGAGGAUAGAAUAUUGGAGCGAGUGUGUGCCGUGAUGGCGCUAUCCGAACUGAUGGUUGUCAGUGAUGUGUUCUGUGAACAGAACCUGGAUCUACUUUUUGCGAUUGUCUCCGAGAAACGUGAAUCCUGGGUGGUGAAAACAAAUUCGGUGAUAGCCUUGGGUGAUUUGGCUUGUGUUCAUCCAAAUCUGCUUGCCCCGUACCUGAAAGUACCAACGACUGGAUUUUUCAAGCUACUUAACGAUGAUGAUUUGCGGGUUCGAGCUGUGACAAUUCAAGUGUGUUCUCACCUUGUCCUUGGAGAGAUGCUUCGUAUCAGGGAUCAUUUGUAUACCAUUGUAAAACUCGUCGCUGAUCCAGAUGAGGCAAUUGCCAACAAUGCUUUACUAUUUGUUCAGAAUCUGGCCAUGAAGGAAAAGGAAAAAACAGGAAAUUUGAUUCCUCCGCUUGUUGCGCAAUUGAGCCAGUCGAUACCUCCUGAUCGAUUUCAGGUGGCCAUGCGAUCCUUGCUUGAACGAGUAGAAGGUGACAAGCCGACUGAGUCCCUUAUUGAGCGAUUGUGCCAACGCUUUGAACCUUAUUCCGAGCGCGGUAAAAGAAAGCGUCAGAUGGCGCGUAAUUUGGCCUUUUGUCUUAAUGAGCUUACCUAUGCUACAGAGCGAUCCAUAAAAAAAAUCACUUCCGAGGCAUGCUAUGGGCAGUACAAACAAUGGCUACGGGAUGAAGUUGUUUUAGACUACUUUAAGAAUAUAGCAGGAAAAGCCAAACGAGUUGGACAACGCAUUGGGAACGAGCGUCGUGAUAAGGCCGCAAUUGAAGAGUGGGAGGCACGAAUGCAAGCGGAGUCUCGUGGUUUGGAGGCUGGCUAUGAAGAAACGCGUUCUGUCGCUUCUAAUAGAGACACAGAGGAAGCUGAAGCGACGCCGUGA